AUGACAGUAGCGGGGUCCACUGGAGCGGUCAACGCUGUCUGCACCCAAGACUCCUCCCACUCACCUGAAACAACCUGCCUACAAACCACAUGGCCCCGCCCACUCUGCUUCCCACAGCGACAGAAGGAUGAGCUCAAAGUCAGACUCCGCCUCCGCUCCCCUCCUGGGGCGUGGCUGCUAGCGGGCGUUGUCGUGGUGAUGGUGGGAAUGUUUGUGGCCGUGGCCGGGUAUGCAAGCUCCACCCCUAACCCUGUGGGUGGGCGAGGCAGCUCCCACAGCGAGCGAAUGAAACUGCUCGGCCCUGUCGUGAUGGGCGUCGGCCUGUUCAUCUUCAUCUGUGCCGGAACCCUGCUGUACGAGAACCGGGACCGCGAGAACCGAGAGCGUGAGAACCUUGAGAACCCUGAGGAGCAGGGGAAACGCAAACGGAAGAAAACAAGGGAACGGCGCCGGGAGAACCGUGAUUAUGAGGAUGUGGAACAGGGGAACCAGAGAGAACCCUCAGACAGACACUCCCCUCUCCCUGAGGAGUGCCUGCCCCCCCUGCCUCCCAGAGUGCCUAGACAGGAGGGGUCAGAGUUGAAUGUUCUCUCUGUGGGGGAGCUGAGCUCACUGCUGCCAGGGGAGGGACAGAGAGAGGGACAGGGGGGUGAAGAAAGAGUCAGAGAGGUGGGGGGGAAGGAGGGGUCAACCCUGCUGACCACAGUCCUGCACCACCAGGACCCCCCCUCCUCCUGUCCCUCCCCCGCUCCCUCCUCUGUGUACUCUGACUCCUGUAACUCCAGUGAGAUCAACUAUAACGUGCAGACAGGCUCCCCUAUCUACUCUAUUCACGAACUCGGAGACAUUACUGUACUCACUCACAUCUGUACACGGUUUUCUAAAUAAAUGCACCACAUAUUUCUCCAUCUCUCUCUGUGGUGUCUAUAGCCUGUAGAUGCAGUGGAGUGUGUUGGCCAUCUCUCUCUACCCCUCUAGGACAGGCAGGGCCAGGGGGAGACAGGGCUAGGUGACGUCAGCUUGUUGUUGUAUAGUAAAGUCUCUCUCAGGGUGGUUUGACCGUAUUUGGGCUUGGAGAGGAUUCCACUGCAGACAGUGACUGUGGUGCCAUCCUGAAUGAUGCACACACACACACACACACACACACGCACACAUACAUGCACGCACGCACACGCACACAUACAUGUACGCACACACACUAAAUACGACCAGACAUUCCGCUAUGAAACAGGCUACUUUGGAGAACUUUGAUUCAUGCUGUUGUUUUAACUGUAACUCAAAGUUGUAUCUAAUAUUAGUGACUGUUUGUCACGGCUCUUCUCCUUUAGGGUUUCUGUUUACACACACCCAAACUUGGCUCAGGAGCUGGACAGAAAUCAUAGCAAUGAAAAUAAAGUGAAUGCCUUCUCACAGUUGGCUGUCCACAUGCUUACUCUAAUCUUUACUUGAGAUAGAGAUGUUACUACCCACUGGGCAAAAACUGGUUGAGUCCACGUUGUUCCACGUCAUUUCAGCAAAACAUUUGCAAAAAGUCAUCAACGUAAGGAAAUUGCGUCCUUUUCCCACCCAACUUUUAACCUAAAUACAAUGUCAUGGUGAAUUUGUUUUGUUGAUUUCACGUUGAAUUCACGUUAGCUGACAACUCAACCAAAUGUGCCCAGUUGGUAGUCUUUGUUUGCAGAACAUGUAUGAAGUAUAUCUUUACAGCAUGUAUGCAACAAACCUUUUGUUUUUACAGUACCCAAAACCAUUAGGAUGUUAGACUGUGGGUUUGAUUGAAUAGAGCCCACAGAUGCAGUAAAAGGGGGAGGAGGAGGAGGAGGAGGGAGAGGGAGGGUGAUUUUAAUUGUCCUGAGUGUUCUCCUCCAGUCUCUAAUUAUGCUGUGGAACAGACUGAGAGUUUUUUAUUGGUGUUUCAGGACUGCAGAGUAUUUCCUCUGUUGUUCAGACACAUGCUGUGAUAAUGCCAUCGAGAUUAGUGAUGAACGCCAAGACUGCCUUGCCCUGCACGGCCAGACACAUCUACACCUCACACAGGCACAACACACACACACACAACCGCAUGCAUGCUUUCACGCAUGGUAAACCUCACACGUCUCUUUCUGUUUUUGAACCCAUUAACCCCAGUUCACCACAAGUGACAUUACCAGGGAUAAACCAUUACUUGGUUUCUGUCUUCUGACUAUACUAAUACUGGGAGGUAUGUGUUUUUGUGAGUUUAGUAAUGCAGCGGCUGAGUUAUGUGUUCAGUCAGUGUUUGAUUGCUGGGCUGUAAUCCUGAACAUUAAAUUCACAUGUAAUCCCUGCCUGACCCUAACCCUUACUCUCACAAUGCUCCACCUAUGGCCUUCCAUAACACACACAGACGCAUACAUACACACACACACACACACACACACACACACACACACACACACAUGCACACACAAACGGGCGCACACGCACACACCCUCUCUGUCCCACACAGAGAUUUCUGCUCUUGCUGUUGCCUAGGUUUGUUUAACUGUCUCAGUCUGUCUUUGUGUUACACAAUCCCACAUACAGGACAGUUGUUUUAGUCUCCCUCUACUGUCAGUCAUACAUAGAGUUUAUUAGAGUUUAUGCAGGAUCUGUACUGUAACCCCCCCUGCUUUGCAGAUACAUGUCCGCCUGGUGGGACUGGGAGCACUGUCUCUAAGCUGCUUAACUCCUCCUCGCUGAGUCAGACACGUGUGUUACCGAGGGGGGAGACCCUACUGGGGUUACAGGACCAGAGGGCUGAAUCCUAACCUGAGAUCUGCACAUGCAAAUCACAACUUUGUGCAAAUCUCCCAUUGAUCAGUAGAUAGUCAGGAUCUCAAGUUAGUGUUUCAAUCUGGCACAGCAACAACUCCUGGGACACCUGUGACCCACCCAACAACACCUGGGACACCUGUGACCCACACAACAACACCUGCUGUGAGUCUAUCUUCACAUAAAGUAGGAUUUCAAUAGCGCCAUGUGGUAGAACAUUCAGUCAAGUACAGAUUACUAAUGGACAUCUAACCCUCAACGUUGAUUUAGGACAUCUUAUUAUUCCCUUUGUGGUGUUUAAACAUGUUCAUUAAAUAAUGAAGUAUAAUAGGCUUUUUUUCCAGUGCCCUGUGAGAUAACCUAAUACUCUCUAUCUGUUCUAUCCUUUGUAGCUUUAAAUCCAUAUUUUUGGCUUUUCGUAGUGUAUUUUUGUAAGUAUAGGGCUCAUCUGUAAAAUAGGCCUUGGUCUCAGCAUGACUCCCUGUCAAAAUAUAGUUGAAAUCAAAUAAACAAGUAUUUAGAUCCCACAUAAAGAGCAUUUCUAAGCAUCCAACAGCUGUUUCCCAAAAGACAUUCUCUCUGAUGAUGCUAAUGUGUUAGUUUAAUAUGGGGGGAAGUACAGAUAUUUUCAUGAGCUAGUGAAUAGUAGUAACUACUCAAAAUCCAGCCCAGACUAGUUACAGACAGUUCUUUGUCUGAGCCGAUUGGUUAAUUAAAUGUCUUAGCUUUACAAUAACACAGUAGUGUAAAGUACUUAAGUAAAAAUAUGUCACGUUCUUUUAAGGACGGGUCAGACCAAGGCGCAGCGUGAAAGGCAUACAUGUUUAUUUACUGAUAAACACCACAACAAAACAACAAACCAACGAAAAGUGAAGUCCUAAGGCUAAACACAAUACAAGCCUCUAACACGGAACAAGAUCCCACAGCUAAUGAUUGCAACCAGGCAACUUAAGUAUGAUCCCCAAUCAGAGACAACGAGCGACAGCUGCCUCUGAUUGGGAAUCACACCCGGCCAAACAUAGAAAUACAAUAACUAGAAUGUGAACAUAGAAAUAAUGACAUAGAUCUCCACACCCUGACUCAACAUACAAGAGUCCCAUAAGUCAGGGUGUGACAGUACCCCCCCUCCAAAGGUGCGGACUCCGACCGCACAAACCUGACAUAACAGGGUAGGGUCCGGGUGGGCAUUCCGCCUCGGAGGCGGAUCCGGCUCCGGGCGUGACGACCACAUUCUCUCAGCCUCCCCGUUGCGCCCCUGGUCUGGUCUGGACCUCGGUGCGCUGCUUCCCCUCUCCUUCCUCCCACGAUGCACCAAGCCCUGUCUGGGCCCUGGUGUGGGAGACCCCGAACCUGGAGAGGGGCUGACGUCUGGGUCUAGACUGGAGCCGCUGACCGGAGCUGGACUUGGCACCGGUGGAGCGGACUACUCUGGCUCCGGAGUGGAGCUGCUGACCGGAGCUGGACUAUGCACCGGUGGAGCGGACUACUCUGGCUCCGGAGUGGAGCUGCUGACCGGAGCUGGACUGUGCACCGGUGGAGCGGACUGCUCUGGUUCCGGAGUGGAGCUGCUGACCGGAGCUGGACUCGACCCCGGUGGAACGGACUGCUCUGGCUCCGGAAUGGAGCCGCUGACCGGAGCUGGACUUGGCACCGGUGGAGUGGACUGCUCUGGCUCCGGAGUGUAGCAGCUGACCGGUGCCGGACCAGGCACCGGUGGAACGGGCACGGGCCGUGCCGGACUGGACACACGCACCACUGGUCUGGUGCGAGGAGCAGGCACGGGCCGGACCGGACUAGGAACACGCACCACUGGUCUGGUGCGAGGAGCAGGAACGGGCCGGGCCGGACUGGCAACACUCACCACUAGCUUGGUGCGGGGAGCAGGCACGGGCCGUACCGGACUGGGAACACGCACCACUGGCCUGGUGCGAGGAACAGGAACAGGCCGGGCCGGACUGGGAACACGCACCACUGGUCUGGUGCGAGGAGCAGGAACGGGCCGGGCCGGACUGGGGACACACACCACUAGCUUGGUGCGGGGAGCAGGCACGGGCCAUACCGGACUGGGAACACGCACCACUGGCCUGGUGCGAGGAACAGGAACGGGCCAGGCCGGACUGGGAACACGCACCACUUGUCUGGUGCGAGGAACAGGAACGGGCCGGGCCGGACUGGGGACACACACCACUGGCUUGGUGCGGGGAGCAGGUACGGGUCGUACCGGGCUGGUGACACGCACCACUGGCUUGGUGCGAGGAACAGGAACGGGCCGGGCCGGACUGGGAACACGCACCACUGGUCUGGUGCGAGGAGCAGGAAUGGGCCAGGGCGGACUGGGGACACACACCACUGGCUUGGUGCGGGGAGCAGGUACGGGGCGUACCGGGCUGGAUACACGCACCACUGGUUUGGUGCGAGGAGCAGGUACGGGCCGUACAGGACUGGUGAGGCGCACUGGUGACACAGUGCGUAGAACCGGAGCAGGAUAUACUGGACCUUGGAGGCGUACUGGAGGUCUGGAGUGUACAGCUGGCACAACCCGUCCUGGCUGGAUGCCCACUUUCGCACGACACGUGCGGGGCGCUGGCACAGAACGCACUGGGCUGUGUAUGCGCACUGGCGAUACAGUGCGUAUCUCCGCAUACAUGGGUUCCUCAAUUAACCCACGCUCCUUAUGUUGCCUGACCAGCUCCUCUCUCCAUGCAUCUACUUCCUCAUUCUUCCUACGAGCCUCCUGCAGUGCCUCCUCUUGAAUGGAGCUCUCCCGCUCUAUUCUCGCUAUCAGCCCCCGUAAUGUGGUGGCCUCCUCUCUUACCCUGCAGAUCCGAUCCUUCUCUCUCUCUCGGCAAUCUUCCUCCAGUGAGGACUCCUCCGGGAGCCCCCACGAGUUAGGGAACAGAAACUCAUCGUCGUCGUCAUCCUCCGACUCCUCAGUAUAAAACUGUUCCCACUCUUGUUCCCAUGGUCGUAGGGACUCAACCUGGAAACCCACCAGGUGCAGUGGUCGGGGCUCUUCUCUCUCGCUCCCCGACCACCCCUUUAGCCCCCCCCCCCCCCAAACAGACCACUCCUUUAGCCCCCCCCAAACAGACCACUCCUUUAGCCCCCCCCAAACAGACCACUCCUUUAGCCCCCCCCAAACAGACCACUCCUUUAGCCCCCCAAAAAAUAAUUAUUGGGGCUGCCUCUCGGGCUUCCUCCUCGGCCGGCGCCUUCUGUGUUGCCGUUGCUCCUCUCCUACCUGGGCUUCCACCUUCGCCCAGGGUCCUUUCCCCGCAAAUAUCUCCUCCCAAGACCAAAUCUUCCCCACCUGUGUCCUGGGCACGCUGCUUGGUCCGUGUUUGGUGGGAUCUUCUGUCAAAGAUGUUGAAGGACGGGUCAGACCAAGGCGCAGCGUGAAAGGCAUACAUGUUUAUUUACUGAUAAACACCACAACAAAACAACAAACCAACGAAAAGUGAAGUCCUAAGGCUAAACACAAUACAAGCCUCUAACACGGAACAAGAUCCCACAACUAAUGAUUGCAACCAGGCAACUUAAGUAUGAUCCCCAAUCAGAGACAACGAGCGACAGCUGCCUCUGAUUGGGAAUCACACCCGGCCAAACAUAGAAAUACAAUAACUAGAAUGUGAACAUAGAAAUAAUUACAUAGAUCUCCACACCCUGACUCAACAUACAAGAGUCCCAUAAGUCAGGGUGGGACAAAAUACUUUGAAGUACUUCUUAAAUAGUGUUUUGGGGUAUCUGUACUUUACUUUACUAUUUACCAGUUUGCCCUGGCUAUCUGUAAAUUUAAAAAACAAGAAAAUCAUGCCGUCUGGUUUGCUUAAUAUAAGGAAUUUUAAAUUAUUUAUACUUUUACUUUUGAUACUUAAGUAUAUUUUAGCAAUUACAUUUACUUUUGAUACUAAAGUAUAUUUAAAUACUUUUAGACUUUUACUCAAGUAGUAUUUUACUGGGUGACUUUCACUUUUACUCGAGUCAUUUUCUAUUAAGGUAUCUUUACUUUUACUCAUGUAUGACAAUUGGGUACUUUUUCCACCACUGCAAUAACAUGCUCCGGAUCAGAGCCAUAUAUAUAUAGACAGCUUAUAGAGAGCCUAUAUCUUUACGUCUCUGCUCCGGAUGGCUGGCCCACUGCGCAGUGCGGCCUCUGACAACAACAGUGAUUGGUCUGUGAGAAUAAACAGGUAUAAUGCGUCUUAAUCCAAUUCUUGCUACAGGGGUGCCUGCUCCUACUGUCAAUAUGGAGCUCAUUGACUUCCUCAGGGACACUCCUUGUUUUGUGGUCUCAACUGGCCCUUCUCUGGAUAGUUUUAAGGAUUUAUUUCUGAAAUGAGGGGAUUGAUGCUCUGUGUUUUUGCCCUGGCGAUGUUAACAGCUUCUGCAGGUAAAUUGAGAUAAAUUGGCCCUUCUCUGAUCUGGGUCAUAGUAUUUAGGUAGGCUAUAGUUUAGGUAUGGGAUGUGAAGUUUUUCAUACAGAAUGUGGUGAACAUAAAAUUGCAAUGUUAGAAUCAUAGAAUUAUGUUGUUUAACACCAACUUCAAACUGCUACAGCACAUUUAAGAUAUAUAUUAUUUAAAUGUGUGUUCAUAAAGCAUACAUAACACGUCAAUAAGAACAUAAUAAACAUGACAUUGUAGCUACACAGAGCAUCCAUGAACAUAUUCACUACGAACAUAAUUAUAUCAGUAUUAUACAAAUACGUCAGUAUCAGUUUUAUACAAAUACUGGGAUUGUUCUGAUUGAAGAGGAUGGGGCUUUCAUGUCUUUAAACAGCUUCACCAGUCCUGCAAUUACUCUCCUGGGUUGGGUGACUAUGUUUGGGAUGAUUACUGGAAGAGAAGAGAAUUACUGGAAGAGAGUUAAGUUGAGGUUGGGUUGGGUGACUCUAUGUUUGGGACAGAGGAGGCUGGUGGGAUGAGCAAUAGGAGGAAUAGAAUGAAUGGAACAGAGUCAAAUGUGGUUUUCAUGUUUGAUGUGUUUGAUACCGUUCCAUUUAUUCCAUUCCAGACAUCACAAUGAGCCAAUCCUCCUAUAGCUCCCCCCACCAGCCUCCUCUGGUUUGGGAUGAUUACUGGAAUUAGUUUUAGGUAGCUAUUGUAGUCCAUAUAGUAAUCGUUAGGUCAACUGUAGUCCUGGUGUGUGCAUGCAGGUCUUUGUUCCAACACAGUGAUAAAGCAAACACUGGAUGAAAUACUUGCUAGUUCCAGUUGGUGAGUUUGUGCAACCCCAAUCCUCUAGCCAAUUAGUGUUCACCUGAGCUAGCAGGGGCUAACAAGCUAACAGGAUGAGAGGGGCUGAUGACCAGAGAUUAGGAACAUCACUGAAACUCAGGGUUUGGAUUAGCACUAGGAGCUGCUCCCACCAGGGGUGGAUGGCCAUGGCAGGUGGUAAUGGAGCAACAUUUUAACUGGACUAGCUUUAAGCAGUAAGUCUAGCCCUAAAGUGUACAUAGGGUUAGACUUACCACCUAAACCUAAUUUCCACCUAGGUGCUCAAAGUGCUUUACAAACUUACCUCAUCCACCAUUAAUGCUUUUCAGCAGUGGGAUGCAGUGUGGUAUGCUGCUGGCAGAUGAACACAAGAUACAGCUACCUAAGAAAAUGAUCUGACUAAACUACUUUAGUUUCCCCUCUUACUGUAACAUCUUGGCGCACUAUAGACACAGUCUUCUGUAGUCUACUAUAGACACAGUCUUCUGUAUUCUACUAUAGACACAGUCUUCUGUAUUCUACUAUAGACACAGUCUUCUGUAUUCUACUAUAGACACAGUCUUCUGUAUUCUACUAUAGACACAGUCUUCUGUAUUCUACUAUAGACACAGUCUUCUGUAUUCUACUAUAGACACAGUCUUCUGUAUUCUACUAUAGACACAGUCUUCUGUAGUCUACUAUAGACACAGUCUUCUGUAUUCUACUAUAGACAGUCUUCUGUAUUCUACUAUAGACACAGUCUUCUGUAUUCUACUAUAGACACAGUCUUCUGUAGUCUACUAUAGACACAGUCUUCUGUAUUCUACUAGAGACAUAGUCUUCUGUAGUCUACGAUAGACACAGUGGUUACAGCCGAAGAUGCCGUGAACUACCUUGGUUGUGAGUAAGAUAGUGACCGAUCAGGUGAGAGUAUGGCCUUAAAAGCUCUCACCAAGGUUAACCAAAAAGUAACGUUUCUGACUUGGAAAUAACGUUUUCUUGAUAGGAAAAUACUGCAGACACUGGCAGGGACCCCUGUGCAGUGUCAUUUUGAUUAUAUCAUUGAUUAUGUGUGUGCCUCAAGAAUAAGCUUCAGAAACCUCUCAGAAUAAGCAGUGGUAGAAAAAGCACCCAAUUGUCAUACUUGAGUAAAAGUAAAAAUACCUUAAUAGAAAAUGACUCAAGUAAAAGUGAAAGUCACCCAGUAAAAUACUACUUGAGUAAAAGUCUAAAAGUAUUUGGUUUUAAAUAUACUUAAGUAUCAAAAGUACAUGUAAUUGCUAAAAUAUACUUAAGUAUCAAAAGUAAAAGUAUGAAUAAUUUCAAAUUCCUUAUAUUAAGCAAACAAGACAGCACCAUUUUCUUGUUUUUUUUAAAUGUACGGAUAGCCAGGGGCACACUCCAACACUCAGACAUAAUUUACAAACGAAGCAUGUGUUUAGUGAGUCCACCAGAUCAGAGGCAGUAGGGAUGACCAGGGAUGUUCUCUUGAUAAGUUUGUGAAUUAGACCAUUUUCCUGUCCUGCUAAGCAUUCAAAAUGUAACAAGUACUUUUGGGUGUCAGGGAAAAUGUAUGGAGCAAAAAGUACAUACUUUUCUUUAGGAAUUUAGUGAAGUAAAAGUUGUCAUAAAUAUAAAUAGUAAAGUACAGAUACCCCAAAAAACUACUUAAGUAGUAAUUUCAAGUAUUUUUACUUAAGUACUUUACACCAUUGAGAAUAAAAUAGUCAGGAUUAUUCUCAAGCUCCCGUUCCGUACUCAUGUUCAACCCUGUCUCUUUGAUGAACUGAAAUGGCUCAAGAGUUGCUCAAGUGAAACAAGUCACCCAAGUCAUCAAACAUUUUACAUAACUCUUUCCCAAAUUUACAGUACCAAUGUAAUUAUUUUAAGCGCAUUGGUGACACCCACCAGUAUUCCACCAGAGGGAGCGCUACCAACUUUAUUCCCUGUAGAUUCAAGAGCUUCAUCGGGAAAAACGUAUUCCUCUAUUCCACUCUUGUCUAUUGCAGUACUGUGGAACAAAUUACCACUCACUGUACAUAAAAUCUUUGUCGUCAGAGAACAGCUUUAAGGCAUCACCUUGAGUUGUUGUUUGAUUAGGGGUAUUUUUAUUUUCAAGAAGUGACCUGUGUAAGGAUACCUCAGUACUGUUGAUUAUGUUGUAAAUAUUUGUAAUUAAGUACUGUUGUUAAUGUUUUUUAAACUGCAUUGAGUGUACAGUGUGUACAAUGCGAUCUUGCCCACCUUUCAUAUUAUUUACCAAAGAGGACCACAAUAUAAAUAAACCUUCAAUCUUUAUUGUUUUUAUUCUCAAAUAAUUGUUUAUGUAUGUAAUGUUGUCUCCGUCAGGAGCAGCCUUCGACUUUAAAUUAUCAAAUCAAUUCAAUCAAUAAAUCAAUAUAGCACUCAUGACUUGUAGCGAUUCUGUCCCUGUCUGAGAGUGUACUGUACAUGAUAAAACCCUGUGGUCCCAGAUGAGGAUGAUCAGAAGGAGGAGCAACGGGAGGAGGAGGGACCUCUGCAGUGUUUCCGCUGUGACCUGGGCUUCUGGGACGCCUGCUACACCACCAAAACCAACUGCAACAUCGGGGAGAGGUGCUACACUGGCCGAGGGAAGGCAGGUGGGUCACAUGCAUAGACAUGGCCGGGGGGGUGCUGUGUGUGAGUGUUUUCUGUGUGUGUGGGGGGGCUGUGUGUGGGACAUUACGGUGCUGGGUUUUGUGGGUUUUUGGCAGAGGAAUGUGAAGUGGAGCGUAUUAGUGUGUUGACAGUGUGUAUGUGUGUUAACGGUGUGUGUGUUUCUGUAGGUGAUGUGUUGGACGUUAAGUUGCUGGGCUGUGUCAAGGUGAAGGAGUGUGAGCUGGUGACCAGUGUGGAGAUCUUCUCCAACACAACCAUCUACGUGAUGACCAAGCACUGCUGCGACACACACUUAUGCAACACCGGACACACACUACCCCUCAACACACUCCUCUCCCUGGCACUGACAACAAUAACCAUCAUCCACCUCUCCUUUCCCCGACAGUGACUACAGUAACCAUUAUCCUCACCCUCAACAGGACUACAAUAACCAUGAUCCUCACCUUCAAGACUACAAUACCACCAUGCGUCAUACAGUCCCCAGCAGCUCACAUUUAAUUCUGUUAAUUUUCUGUGUUUAUUUGUAAAGGAUUAUGGACAGUAAUUAACACAUAUGUGGAUGUGCCAGAUUAAGGCAAAAGGCUCAUGUUAAACCCUUAGAAGCUGUCUCUGGGCUUUGGGCAAAAUUGAUUAGACGGUUUUAUGGAAUACAAUUUAGAAUAAAUGUAAAGUAACUUUCUCAUUCUGUUGUUGGCAUAAACUAGAAAAAAUAUUUUAAUUUCUAUCAUAUUUAUUGAACAUUUUGAAUUGUAACUGUGAAUAACAUAAUAUUAAUUUACAUUGUCCUCAGUCUUGGUCGGGAUAUUUUAAACACAUCAAAAUUACUUUUAUGUUCUCAUCCAAACUGAAAUAUUUCCAUAGAGAAUACUACAGUAUCUCCCAUUGACUUUAGUGUUAUGGUAAAUCCUAUAGUAGUACGCCUCACUCUCUCAGACCCAUAGGCACAGAUCUAGGAUAAUCUUAACCUCUCUAAAAUCAUCAGCAUCUUGGGGCAACUUCCUCCUACGCCAUAUCCUACAGUUAGUGAAGCUGAGGUCAUACUGGACAGUGUUUCAGUGUAUCUCCCAUUGACAACAGUACACUCUUUAAAAAAAAAAGGUGAUAUCUAGAACAUAAAAGGGUUCUUUGGCUGUCCCCAUAGGAUAACCCUUUGAAAAACCCUUUUUGG